GAGUCCUGCUCCCUGCCUGCUGAAGAUCAUGGGCCAAGACAGCGCUGCAGUCUGGAGCAGAGGCUGGCAAGCUGCUGGUGCUGGACUGGCAGCAUUGGGUCUAGCUGCUGUGUCAUCGCCAGGACCCACUGCAGAGGAGCUUAUGCUGAGGGGUCCUGCCCCUCCUCACCCCUUUCCCACACAGCCCAUUUGGGCUCAGCCAUGGUGGAAGCUCCCGUGGAGUCUGACAGAUUGUGUGAGGAAAUCCGGUGCGAGGAGCAGCUGCUGAGGCAGCUGAUGCGGGAUGACAGCCCAGAUGGAGGCUGCGGAGUCCCCUGCGUGGGCUCAAGAGAUUCCCAGUUUCGCUGCCUGCAACUCCCAAGCUUUUCCUGAACCUGAAUUGCGCCUUCUGUACCCCAAGGGCAUGGGAUCAAGGCAGAGCCCUGGCUCCUCUGCAGUCUGCUCCUCUGCCCCCUCCCUGCUGUAGUGGUGCUGUCCCUGCUCCUUCCUUUGUUGCACAGGCACAGUCUCUGGUAUGCUCCUUUCUGUCCCUCUGCCUGCUGCACUGCAUCCCAUUACCCUAGCAGUUCCUCUGUAGGGCUCUCCAACUUUGAAUUGGCUUUUGCUUGGUCUCAGCUUGGGGUUUGGUUUAGGAUCAACAUUCAGAGCUGGUUAUUCCUCUAGAGAGUGUGGAGGGGGAUGGGGAGACAGCAGAUUUUGCUUUAAAUUGCACCCCCCCCCACCUGGUUGCUUCCCAGGAGUACCAUUCUCUGGCUUAUCGUUAGACAACAUGCCUGGUAACCAAGAGAAGGGUGUUGGUCAGAGGAGACAAGUGGGCCUCAGUUCUGGGAUGGGGGAGGGCAAGACUGCAGUGGACACCCAAAGUGUUGGCUCCAACAGGAGAAUCUUUCACAGCUGCUCUGCCCUCCCAUAUCCCCCCUGCACCCAGACCUGACUUCCUGUGGCAAAGUCUUCGAAUCUUUCCCUUCCAGCCCAUCAGAGCAAGAAGCUACAGUCCUCUCAUCUUCCAGCCCCCUGCACACACCUGUGUGUUUCAUUUUUAGAAUUAAAGAUCUGAAUGUUGAACUGAGCUGCAGGCUUCAAGGCUCUUUGCUCCUGGCAUUGUGAGUGGGGGGGAUUCCCUUGAGGGAUGGCUUCUUGGGUUCCUAGACCCCGUGGCACUAGGGAAUGACUCCUUAACACCUUGGUACAGCCUUGUCAUGUCCCCUCAGGCCUCCUGAAUCAGUGGUGUCAAACCUGUGGACCUUGAGGCAUCCAUUGGACUGUGGCUCUUGAGGGAGACUGUAAGACAAAAAUGUAAACUGAGUCAUAGCGGAUGUGAGCUCCCUGAGCCACACCAUGAUAUUACAGACUGUUUGACUCAGCCUUGUGACUGAGAGGAGGGAGGGUGCACUGUCUCCCACAGCUUCCCCUGCAGCCCCAGCAGCAGCUUUGCUCUGAACAGCUGAUGUUCCUUCACCCGCUGUCUGCUGGCUGCCUUGCAGUAAAGGGAGGACAAUAGCUCUGACUGCUCUCAUGCCAGCUUCCCUGCUAGGCUGUGGGAUAGUGAUGGAUGGGUCCCCUUCUUCCAACAACCUUGGGGCAGCCCCAGAGAGGGAAAAGAAGCUGAGAGCCAGUCACCAGCUAGUGCCUUGGUUCUCUGCCCUAGCCCCACAGCUCCAGCCACCCUCUUCUCUCACUGAAGACCAGGUGCUCUGUAGGGGGAAGAGCAGGAACUAGCUCCCCACUUAGGUGGGAGAGCUCUCUGAGCUUUCUGCAAGUGAAGGGAGCAGACCAGGUCAAAACCCUAGGUGUCCUUUGGGGUGGAAGGGUUGAACAGUGCUGCCUUAAUCCCAGAGGAUUUGCACCUCUUGGGUCUUUGCCAGCAGUUCUUGUGUCUCUCCUUGAGCCAGAUAGCUUAUCUCUCCUGAGAACCUAAUUCCAACUUGAGCAGUGUUUCUGUGGCUCUUCUCCAUGUUUCCCCCUCUUUCUCUCUCUGGGAAUGGGAAACUAAAAACAAAGCUCAGUGUCUCUGGCAGACUAGGAGGCCUUUGGCACGGAGCAGACCACAGCUUGAAUCCUUUGGCUUCCUUUUCUUUCCACCAGUGCCACUUUCCACUCUUUUUUAGAGAAGACCGGAUUCAUCAUGUCCAUCGAAAAGAUCCAUGCCAGGGAGAUUUUGGAUUCCCGUGGGAACCCCACUGUUGAGGUGGAUUUGUGCACACAGAAAGGCAUGUUCCGAGCAGCAGUUCCCAGCGGUGCUUCCACUGGCAUCUAUGAAGCUCUGGAGCUACGAGACGAUGACAAAUCACGAUUCCUAGGAAAAGGGGUCCUGCAGGCCGUGGAUCAUAUCAACAACACUAUUGCUCCAGCUCUCCUGAGCUCUGGCCUCUCAGUUGUGGAUCAAGAGAAGAUAGACAACCUUAUGAUAGAGAUGGAUGGAACAGAGAACAAAUGUAAUUCUAAGUCAGGUGCUGCAGAGAAGGAAGUCCCCCUAUAUCGACACAUUGCUGACCUGGCUGGGAAUUCAGACCUCAUCUUGCCUGUGCCUGCCUUCAAUGUGAUCAACGGAGGCUCACAUGCUGGGAACAAGCUAGCCAUGCAGGAGUUUAUGAUCCUGCCUGUAGGGGCAGAAAGCUUUCGGGACGCCAUGCAGAUUGGGGCCGAGGUCUACCACAACCUCAAGAGUGUCAUCAAGGAGAAGUAUGGCAAGGAUGCCACCAAUGUGGGAGAUGAGGGUGGCUUUGCCCCCAACAUCCUAGAGAAUAGUGAAGCUCUGGAACUCCUCAAGGAAGCCAUUGACAAAGCUGGCUAUACUGACAAGAUUGUUAUUGGCAUGGAUGUGGCAGCAUCUGAGUUCUACCGUGAUGGCAAAUAUGACUUGGAUUUCAAAUCCCCUGAUGACCCUAGCCGCUAUAUCUCUGCAGAUGAGCUUGGUGACCUCUACCAAAGCUUUGUGCAUGAUUACCCAGUGGUCUCCAUUGAGGAUCCCUUUGAUCAGGAUGACUGGGAAGCCUGGACCAAGUUCACGGCCAAUGUGGGGAUUCAGAUUGUGGGGGAUGACCUGACAGUGACAAACCCCAAACGCAUUGAACAAGCUGUUGAGGAAAAGGCCUGCAACUGCCUCUUGCUCAAAGUUAACCAGAUUGGAUCAGUCACAGAAGCCAUUCAAGCCUGCAAAUUGGCUCAAGAGAAUGGCUGGGGAGUGAUGGUGAGUCACCGAUCUGGGGAGACUGAAGACACCUUCAUUGCUGACCUGGUUGUGGGCCUGUGCACUGGACAGAUAAAGACAGGAGCCCCUUGCAGGUCUGAGAGACUGGCCAAAUACAACCAGCUCAUGAGGAUUGAAGAAGAGCUGGGGGAUGAAGCUCGCUUCGCUGGACACAACUUUCGCAAUCCAAGUGUUCUUUGAACAUUGUCUAUGGUGCACGGCAAAUCCCCAGCUAAUUCCCAAUGCACAGACUCUGAAGCUAUCUUCCCUGCACCUUAACCCCUUCUCUCUGUCUCUCUCUCUUCACCUUUGCUACUCAGCCAUCUGGUUUCCUGUCUCCCUAAGUCCCUGUGAGUUCAGGUAUCCCUAGCUCUCAAGCAAAUGGUAAAAAUGAGUUUUCCUUUCAUCUCUUGCUUUGGGGUAUUGUAGGCAUGUCUGAGACUCUGCAUUUUGUGUAUUUUUUUCAUCUGUCUGCAGAUCUACUUGAGUCAUUCUGCUUGUGUUUUAGGCUGUAUGAACACUUCUGUUGGUGUGUCU